GACACACUUUCUCUCCUUUUUUCUCUCUUUUGCCUCCUUUGGCCUCCGGACUGCUGCCCGUGUGGCGCGCGGCCCCCUACCGGCCCUGCAGCCCCUGGGUCGGCUGCGCCCCUCGGACGGUCCGGGCGGUGGGGACCGAGGGCCGGGGCCCCGGGGGGAAGACGGCGGCCUGCGCGGAGCCUGAGCGGCCCAGCCUUUGUCGUGAACAGUGUUCGGCGCGGUGUGAAACGAGAAGCAUUGAGAACUCUUCCAAGACAUAAAGAUCCUGCCCAUCAGACCUCCACAUCCGGAAGGAAACUGCCUCAGGGAAGGACCAGCCCCAACCAGAAGGAGUAAAAGGAAUAAAAGUCACCUCCUGUCCGUUGGGCGCCGACUCUAUGCCAGGAGGGGCGCCAGAGAUGGAUGACUAUAUGCAGACACUGAAGGAUGAGGAGGAUGCCCUGUGGGAGAACGUGGAGUGCAACCGGCACAUGCUGAGUCGCUACAUCAACCCAGCCAAGCUCACCCCCUACCUGCGCCAGUGCAAGGUCAUUGAUGAACAAGAUGAAGAUGAAGUGCUUAAUGCUCCCAUGCUGCCGUCCAAGAUCAACCGGGCAGGCCGACUGCUGGACAUUCUCCAUACGAAGGGGCAAAGGGGCUACGUGGCCUUCUUGGAGAGUCUGGAAUUUUACUACCCAGAAUUGUACAAACUGGUGACCGGAAAGGAACCCACUCGUAGAUUCUCCACCAUUGUGGUGGAGGAGGGCCACGAGGGCCUCACGCACUUCCUGAUGAACGAGGUCAUCAAGCUGCAGCAACAGAUGAAGGCCAAGGACCUGCAGCGGUGUGAGCUGCUGGCCAAGUCACGACAGCUGGAGGACGACAGGAAGCAGCUGACGCUGACACAGGUGGAGCUGCUGACCUUCCGGGACCGGUACUACAAGAUGAAGGAGGAGCGGGACAGCUACAACGACGAGCUGGUCAAGGUGAAGGAUGACAACUACAACCUGGCCAUGCGCUACGCCCAGCUCAGCGAAGAGAAAAACAUGGCGGUCAUGCGGAGCCGGGACCUCCAGCUCGAGAUCGACCAGCUCAAGCAUCGAUUGAAUAAGAUGGAGGAGGAAUGCAAGCUGGAGAGGAAUCAGUCGCUGAAACUAAAGAACGACAUCGAGAACCGGCCCAAGAAGGAGCAAGUUCUGGAGCUGGAGCGGGAGAAUGAGAUGCUGAAGACCAAAAUCCAGGAGCUGCAGUCCAUCAUCCAGGCCGGGAAGCGCAGCCUGCCAGACUCGGACAAGGCCAUCCUGGACAUCCUGGAGCAUGACCGCAAGGAGGCCCUGGAGGACCGACAGGAGCUCGUCAACAAGAUCUACAACCUGCAGGAGGAGGUCCGCCAGGCGGAGGAGCUGAGGGAUAAGUACCUGGAGGAGAAAGAGGACCUGCAGCUGAAGUGCUCGACCCUGGGGAAGGACUGCGAGAUGUACAAGCACCGCAUGAACACCCUCAUGCUGCAGCUGGAGGAGGUAGAGCGGGAGCGCGACCAGGCCUUCCAUUCCCGGGACGAGGCGCAGACCCAGUACUCCCAGUGCUUAAUCGAAAAGGACAAGUACAGGAAACAGAUCCGCGAGCUGGAGGAGAAGAACGAUGAGAUGAGGAUUGAGAUGGUCCGGCGGGAAGCCUGCAUCGUGAACCUGGAGAGCAAACUCCGGCGCCUCUCCAAGGACAGUGGCAGCCUCGAGCAGAGUUUGCCCAGGAACCUACCAGUGACCAUCAUCUCUCAGAACUUUGGGGACACCAGCCCCAGGACCAACGGUCAGGAGGCUGACGAUUCUUCAACCUCAGAGGAUUCGCCAGAGGACAGCCGCUACUUCCUGCCCUACCACCCGCCCAAACGCAGGAUGAACCUGAAGGGCAUCCAGCUGCAGAGGGCCAAAUCCCCCAUCAGCCUGAAGCGAACAUCAGAUUUUCAAGGGAGGGGACACGAAGAAGACGUCACGGACGCCAGCCCCAGCUCCUCCGGGUCGCUGCCCAUCACCACCUCCUUCUCCAAGAUGCCCCAUCGAAGCCGUUCCAGCAUCAUGUCAAUCACGGCCGAGCCCCCAGGAAACGACUCCAUCGUCAGACGCUGUAAGGAAGAUGCGCCUCAUCGGAGCACAGUUGAAGACGACAAUGACAGCGGUGGCUUCGAUGCCUUAGAUCUUGACGAUGACAGCCACGAGCGGUUCCCCUUUGGACCCCCCUCCACCCAUUCCUCCUCUUCCUCGCACCAGUCUGAGGGCCUGGACGCCUACGACCUGGAGCAGGUCAACCUCAUGUUUAGGAAGUUCUCUCUAGAAAGACCCUUCCGGCCGUCUGUCACGUCCGUGGGGCAUGUGCGGGGCCCCGGGCCCUCGGUGCAGCACACCACGCUGAGCGGCGACAGCCUCAUCUCCCAGCUCACGCUGCUCGGGGGCAACGCGCGCGGGAGCUUCGUCCACGCGGUCAAGCCGGGCUCCCUGGCCGAGAAGGCCGGCCUCCGUGAGGGCCACCAGUUGCUGCUGCUAGAAGGCUGCAUCAAAGGCGAGAAGCAGAGCGUCCCCUUGGAGACGUGCACGAAGGAGGAGGUGCACUGGACCGUCCAGAGGUGCAGUGGGCCCGUCACACUGCACUACAAGGUCAACCAGGAAGGGUACCGGAAGCUGCUGAAGGACAUGGAGGAGGGCCUGAUCACGUCGGGGGACUCCUUCUACAUCCGGCUCAACCUGAACAUCUCCAGCCAGCUGGACGCCUGCUCCAUGUCCCUGAAGUGCGAUGACGUCGUGCACGUCCGUGACACCAUGUACCAGGACAAGCACGAGUGGCUGUGUGCGCGGGUCGACCCCUUCACGGACCACGACCUGGACAUGGGCACCAUCCCCAGCUACAGCCGAGCCCAGCAGCUCCUCCUGGUCAAGCUGCAGCGCCUGUUGCACCGGGGCAGCCGGGAGGAGGUGGACACGGCCCACCACACCCUGAGGGCCCUCCGGAACACCCUGCAGCCCGAAGAACCACUUCCCACUGCGGACCCCCGGGUCAGCCCCCGCCUCUCACGAGCGAGUUUCCUUUUCGGCCAGCUCCUUCAGUUCGUCAGCAGGUCCGAGAACAAGUACAAGCGAAUGAACAGCCACGAGCGCGUGCGCAUCGUUGCGGGGAGCCCGCGGGGGAGCCUGGCCCGGUCCUCGCUGGACGCCACGAAGCUCCUGACCGAGAAGCAGGAAGAGCUGGACCCCGAGAGCGAGCUCGGCAAGAACCUCAGCCUGAUCCCCUAUAGCCUGGUGCGCGCCUUCUACUGCGAGCGCCGCCGGCCCGUCCUCUUCACGCCCACCAUGCUGGCUAAGGCGCUGGUCCAGAAGCUGCUCAACUCGGGGGGCGCGAUGGAGUUCACCAUGUGCAAGCCGGAUGUUGUCACGAGAGACGAGUUCCUCAGAAAGCAGAAGACAGAGACCAUCAUCUACUCCCGAGAGAAGAACCCCAACUCCUUUGAAUGUGUCGUGCCCGCCCACAUCGAGGCUGUGGCGGCCAAGAACAAGCACUGCCUGCUGGAGGCCGGGAUCAGCUGCACCAGGGACCUGAUCAAGUCCCGCAUCUACCCCAUCGUGCUCUUCAUCCGGGUGUCGGAGAAGAACAUCAAGAAGUUCAGGAAGAUGCUGUCCCGGCCGGAGACGGAGGAGGAGUUUCUGCGCCUGUGCCGGCUGAAGGAGAAAGAGCUGGAGGCCCUCCCGUGUCUCUACGCCAGCGUGGAGGCGGACAUGUGGGGCAGCGUGGAGGAGCUGCUCCGCGUCAUUAAAGACAAGAUCGGGGACGAGCAGCGCAAGACCGUCUGGGUGGACGAGGACCAGCUGUGAGGCGGGGGCACCGCUGAGUCCCAACGGGACUCGGGAGGGGGCUCCGAAUCCCGCGGGGCCACGCCGAGGGGCGAGGGGCGUCCUGCUGCCUAGACGGCCUGGGGGCUCAGUCCUCCCGUUGAGGGAGAAGGGAGACCCUCCAGGGAGCCCCCCGGGAGCAGAUGCUGGUCGGGAGGGAGCAGGGAGCGGUCCACUCCACCCAGGGCUGACCUGCUGAGUCGGCCAGCCCUGCAGGCGUGAGUCGGGAGACAGGACCCCACGAAGGACACAGAGCCAGGUCGGAGGCCAGCGGCCCCUGGAAGCCGGAACAGCAGUUGAAUGUCACACGUGGAAUAGGUGUGCUGCCCGUAGGGAGGGGACCUGAAAGCCAGGCAUCCCCCAGUCCUCGGGACACAGGAUAUGCGCAUUCCCAGGCAGAAGGGGAGGGGUGCCCUGCUGUUGUUUCUCGUGCAUUAAAAUUUCUCCAAUUCCUUGUUUUCAA